AGCACUUAAUAACUCGAAAAAAAAUCCGAACGUUAAACCAGACCAGGAUGGAGUCCGAAACCUCGUUGCCCCAACCCUACUCUACACGACCCCCCACCCCACGCCACCCCGAUAUAAUCUAAACUCACCUUCGCGGCGAUUUUCCCAUAGUAUCCAAAUCAAAGAAGAGAGAGAGAGAGAGAGACACUUAAGCAAACCGUAGGGCCUUUCUUUCUUUUGAAGCUCUUGUUUGCGUAAAAUGUGUGUGUGAAUGAUCGGGAUAUGGUUAUGGGGACAGAAAGAUCGAAGGCUUUGCACAAUUUCACGAUGCCUUGUGGCCUCCGGUGGGGUAACCAGCGAUAUCUCCGUUGCAUGAAGGUCAACUCAAAUGGCCAAAUUUCAACCCUCAGCCGCUUCCAUGGAAAUGAUUCUGAUUCUUCUGAUUAUAAGCACCAACAACAGCGUACAACCAGAGAGAAACAGAGGGACAGUGAUAGAUCCCACAAAAUGGGUGUUACGAGAGCGGUGGGCAGUUUCGGUGGUGGACGGAGAUUUGAAAACGACGACGAUGAUGGGAUUGCGGCGGUAAGAGAGAAGGUGAUGUCCGAUCUUCAGGCGGUGGCGGAUAAGAUGAAAGACCAGAUUUUCAAGGAAGGUCUUGAGGAAGGUGAGAUUUUCGUUUCUCCAUCUCCACCUUCACCUCGGCCACCGCCACCCCCACCGCCUCCACCACCGCGUGCGGCAGGUCAGAUUUGUAGGCCGUGGAAUUCGAGGACAAGGAGAGCUGCGUGUAAGGCGCCUUUAAGUGGUUCGGUCGCCGGCGGUUCUGGUAGAAAUGGAGGAGCUGUUGACGGCGCCACCGCCGGUGGUAACAACAUUAGUAAGGCAAUGACGGUGGAUGUAAUGAAACCCCGUUCGGUGCUCUCACCGAUAAGGACGCCGUCUACAGGCGAUAACAGGUCGCCGAGGCUGAGGAUUGGCGUACUCGAAGCGCCGGAUUCUCCAAGCGGCGAGAAGAGAGAAAGAGCGAAAUUUUCAGUGACACUGCUAAGAAGAGAGAUCGAACAGGAUUUCAUGGCAAUGGUUGGUCAUAGGCCCCCUCGCAGACCAAAAAAGAGAGCCAAGAUUGUUCAGAAAGAAUUGGAUUCACUCUUUCCAGGAUUGUGGUUGUCAGAAAUUACAUUGGAUAUGUACAAAGUUUCUGAAGCUGCUCCAUAGACGAAAAUGUUCUUUGAAGUUUUGAAGGGCCUUUCGUAGGAUUUGCUGACAAGAAUUGGUUUAACCGUGAAGGAUUUACUAAUCUAGUUAUACAUUGCACCAGCUUUGAUAAAUAAGAAAUUUUACUUGAAUUUCUUCUGUUAAAAUGGUGGUGUAAAAGACGAAUUCACUUGUUUUGGGAAUGUUGAUUUGUUUAGUUCUGAUAUAAUUGUUCAUAAUUUUGUUUUUUUUUCUUGGGAAUAAAGUGUCCCAGUGCAAAAGGUUGGUAGGGUGUUUUUGUUUUCUUGAUUAAACAUAGUGCUUUAUGCUAUUCGAGAUAAUUUUCUCACAGCAUUACUUAAUA